AGAUUAACCCAUCCAAAAAAAAUCCAGAUCGAGUGGCCAAGAUACAGUGGGAAAAAAUCAUCAAGAUGGGAUCUUUUCUAUCGUCAUUAGCCAGCCCCGGCGACGAGACCCCCAGCGAAAGCUCCUGCGUGAUCGCGAUCCAUAGCAGGAGCGCCUGGGACGAGCACUGGUCAACUAACCAGCAAAACCCUAACCAUCUGAUGGUGAUUGAUUUCACGGCGAAGUGGUGCGGGCCUUGUCGGUUCGUCGGGCCGGCAUUUGAGGCCUUCUCCGCCAAAUACACCGAUGUCGUCUUCCUCAAAGUUGAUGUCGACGAACUUUCGGAAAUAUCGCAGCAAUGGAACGUGCAGGCGAUGCCGACGUUUAUAAUGCUUAAGGGAGGAAAAGAGACGGGGAGAGUGGUUGGUGCCAAGAAGAACGAGCUCGAGAAGAUGAUUCAACAGCAUCUAAAUAUUUCUAAGUCCUAAAUCUUUAUUUUUCUGGAAUAAAAUUCUGUAAUUUUGAACUUGUGAUGAUCUCUACAUGUCUUCUAUAUUUAUUUGCUCAUAUUGUUUUUCCCUGUUCCAUGAAGCAAUCUAACUAAUGGUUGAACAAUGAAUGUUUAUUAUUCAAGGAUGUGGCCAUUGAAUAUUUGAAUGUCUUAUCUGACUGAAAAUUAGCUAUGAAAGUAAUACAAUCUUUCCAA